AUGGAGAGAAGCGCCGUGGGAUUGGACCGCCGACCUCAGGCUCGACCAGAAUGCAUUUCACCCUCCACUUUGGCCUACGACCAGCGUUUCACAUCAACUGCUCAGGGGAGGCUACUCAUUGGCCAGAUAGUAUGCGGCAUGAUGGUGUGGAUUCUGUUAGCAGGCACGGAUUAUUUUAAUCUGUCUGCCCUCUGCUGGGUUCUGUUUCUUGCCAUCUUUUGCUGGGUUAUCACUCUUUGCCUUUUUAUAAUGAACCUCACUGGAGCCCAAAGGAGGACACCCAAAGUACCGUGGACUACGCUGUCAUUGUGUUUUAACAGCGGUGAUACGGUUCUCUAUCUGCUGAUAGCAGUGGUGGAAGUCCUCUCACUGAAGACGACCGUCGCCGGGAGACACAACUACAACUGCUGGGCCGCAUCAGCUUGUUUCGCCGUGGUGACCGCAGUGUGUUACGGAGGCAGCACCUACGUCAGCUACCGUGCCUGGAAAGCCACCAAAGAAGAGCAGUAGUCUCAUGUUUUGUUUGGAAUUCCUUUUCAUGGAAUGCUAGCUUCCAGUGACAGAGGUCAAUGCUAAUUCCUGUCAAACCGGUUCAACUCCGCCACAUAUGAGAGAUGGCUGCCAUCAACAAACUUCUGACGUGUAGGAAACCAACGUGAAAAACAAAUUAUAUGGAAUGAUGAUGUCUUUAAGUUGCUCAAAGAUGCAGUUUAUUCACCCUUAAUUGUUGAAAUAAAUCAUCUUUGUUGUGGACACAGCAAUUUAACCUGAGAAAUAUACAAACAUUAAAUACAAAUAAAUGUUUUCCUAUAAUAUAUUGCAUUUGAGCAACACAUUCAUUGGAGGACAAGCAGCAAAGAAAAUGUAGUUAUGUCUCUGUCCACCAGAGGGAGCCAGAGAGGAGUCCACCAGGGUGGGGUGCUGACGUCAUUUCAGCACCCCAAUGAACGCCUUGCUCAGCCGUAAUACAUUAUGGGAAAACUGAGUUGCAACAAAGAGUUGUUUUCCCCUCAAUUUAAAGUGGUAUAAACCUUGUUAAGCUGCUGUGCGAUGAAUUUAGUGUUGUUUUUAAGAUGGCAUCUUGAGCCAGACAGGAGUCCACCAGAGUGGGGAGCUGACGUCAUUUCAGCACCCCAAUGAACGCCUUGCUCAGCCGCAAUACAUUAUGGGAAAACUGAGUUGCAACAAAGAGUUGUUUUCCCCCCAAUUUAAUGUGGUAUAAACCUUGUUAAGCUGCUGUGCGAUGAAUUUAGUGUUGUUUUUAAGAUGGCAUCUUGAGCCGGAGAGGAGUCCACCAGGGUGGGGAGCUGACGUCAUUUCAGCUCCCCAAUGAACGCCUUGCUCAGCCGCAAUACAUUAUGGGAAAACUGAG